AUGAUUGACCGUAAAUUGUUAGGCGUUCAACAUUUAUAUAGGAGACCAACCUACGCCCGGACAAAGCAAUGCAGCGUGAGCUCGCCAGAUAACGGACCACUUCCACCGAAUGCACCUAGUUGGUGUCAAGCCCCAUUUGAUCCGGAAGGUUGUUUAAGUUCUGUGAUGGCAAUUGUCACCUGCAUGAUGGGUCUCCAUUUUGGGCAUGUAAUUGUACACUUCAAGGAUCACAAGGAUAUGAUAAUAUCUUGUAAGAUGCCUGCCGCUGGUCUAGUUGUUGCUGGAUUGGUUUUGGACUUCUGCGGGAUGCACAUAAACAAAGCGCUAUACUCUUUUAGCUACACAUGCGUCACCUUUGGUGAUGGGGGCAUUCUUUUGGUUGGAAUUUGUGUGAUGGUUGAUGUACUUGGGUUUCGAAAACCAGCACUGGUUUUUAUUAGAUUUAUGAUCAGACAUGCUCUGGUGAUAUAUCUCCUUGCAGCAUGCAAUGUUUUGUCUGUUCUUUUACAGGGUUUCUAUUGGAAGAAACCAGAAGACAACUUAUUGGCCAAACGUAACAGAUUCGCAUAG